AUGGACGAAUCGGAUGAGAGAGACAUUGACAGUAUCGAGGAGUCAGACGAUUCGGGCAGUGAUUUUGAAACCCAGCUGAAGUCGAAGAAGAGAAGACCUCCGAGAGCAGCACUUGGAACUCCACCUCCUAAGCGGCCUCAGCGUGGAGCUGCAGUUCAGCCUCAGUCCAGCCCUCUAGGAGUGUCACCCAAAAACACACCCCCUCCCCACUCCUCCCGCAACACCCCACGGGUGGGGCGCGAGGCCGUCCGGAUCUGGGGCCGAGGGAGGGGGGGCCAGACUACUGCGGAACAUCUGUACGAGGCUGUGAGAUCCGGCAAGAGCGCCACUGUGACAGUGGUUGAUGAUUGGCUGGACAGCUACAAGCAAGACAGGGAGGCGGCGCUUCUGGAGCUCAUCAACUUCGUGGUGCUGUGCUGCGGCUGUAAAGGUGUGGUGAGCAGGGAGAUGUUUGACACCAUGCAGAAUGCUGAAAUCAUCAGUGUAUUAACUAAAGAGUUCAAUGAGGACUCGGUGCGGUACCCGCUGUCGGCCAGCGGCCCGCAGUGGCGUCGCUUUCGGGCUGGCUUGUGUGAGUUUGUGCGGCUGCUGGUGCGCAGGGCUCAGAACAGCCUGCUGUACGAUGAGUACCUUUUCUCCUCCCUGGUGGCGCUGCUCGCUGGCCUGUCCGACUCGCAAGUUCGAGCCUUCCGCCACACCAGCACUCUCAUUGCUAUGAAGCUGAUGACGGCCCUGGUGGAGGUGGCGGUGAUGGUGUUCUCGCAGACGGAGACGACGCACCGGCGUUACGAGGCAGAGAGGAAUAAGGAGCUGGAGCGCAGGGCCCAGGACCGGCUGGAGGAGCUGCACACAACUUACACAGAGCUGCGGGAGCACCAGGAGGAGCUGCAGAGCCUGAUGAGCGCAGUGUUUAAGGGCGUGUUUGUGCACCGGUACCGGGACCGCGUGCCGGAGAUCCGGGCCGUCUGCAUGGAGGAGCUGGGGCUGUGGCUCCGCCAACAUCCCGGCGCCUUCCUCACCGACGGACACCUCAAAUACCUGGGCUGGACCCUGCAUGACAAGCAGGGCGCUGUGCGCUUGCAGUGUGUGCGGGCGCUGCAGGGUCUGUACCGGGAGGAGGACUUCAUCGGCCGGCUGGAGCUCUUCACCAGCAGGUUCAAAGAGCGGAUGCUCUGCAUGGUACUGGAUAAAGAUGGGGACGUUGCCGUGGAGGUCAUCCAGCUACUGCUGCUGAUCCAACAGAAGACAGAGGAGGGUUUGUCGGAGGAGGAGUGUGCGCGUGUGUACCCACUGGUGUACGCUUCCCACCGGGGGCUGGCCUGCGCUGCUGGAACCUUCCUCUACCACAGGUUGUGUGGGGAAAUCCAGGACAGAGAGAAAGAAAACAGCAGAACAGCCUUCCUCAGCUUGCUCAUCUCCUUCUACAAUCAGAGUGAGUUCCACGAGCACGGGGCGUACCUGGUGGACAGCCUGUGGGGCAGCGCGGUGGCGGAGCUGCGGGACUGGGAGGCCAUGACAUCACUGCUGCUGCGGGAGAAGGAGCAGGAUGAGGGGCUGAAGGAUGAGGAGGAGGGGGCCCUGAUCGAGCUGAUGGUGUGUGCAGUCAGGCAGGCAGCGGAGAGCCGGCCCCCGGUGGGGAGGGCCCCCCCAGGCAAGAGGAUUCUGAGUAUGAAAGACAGGAAAACCCAGGCACAGGACAGGAGACGCCUCACCUCCCACUUCAUAGUGGUGCUGCCUCAGCUGCUGGCCAAGUAUUCGGCAGAUGAGGAGAAAGUGAGCAGUCUGCUAAAGGUUCCCCUGCACUUUGACUUGGAGACGUACAGCAGCACAGGCAGGCUGGAGAAGGCCGUGGAGCUGCUCCUCUCGCAGGUGUGUGGGAUCGUGGAGAAGCACACGGAGGACUGCGUGCUGGAGGCCUGUGCCCGCGUAGCGUGUGCCCUGUGUGCCGAAAACUACGCCUUCUCCGCCCGUGCCAGCCUGGCAGUCAGCCAGCUGCUCGACUGUCAAGCGGACCGAUUCACCUCCAACCUCGAUGACCUGCUGCAGGGGGCAGCUGAUGAAGAUGAGGUAUACAGUGCAGCUGCCACCCUGAAGAGGAUCGCUGCCUUCAGCAGUGCAAGGGACCUGACAGGAUGGCAGCUCUUUGACCCCUGUCUCCAGAUCCUCAAGUGUGGAGUGGAAUCAAGAGACAUGGACAAAGAGCUGAUGCUUCCUGCACUGAAGUGCGCCACUUGCCAUGUGCUGUGGGAGAAAGUGAGAUUCAGCAGCUCCACACCCACCAAGGUGAGUCAGAAGCGGCUAAAGCAGGAGGUGAAGUCUCUGUGUGCUGUAUGUCAGAGCUGCCUGUCUAUUGGCCAGGGGGAUAUCAGGGACCUGGCAUUUGUGCUGCUGUGUGACCUGUUGCUGGUGUUUCGGGUGGACUCGGCUCACACUCUGUCCUACCCGCUGGACGUGUCCCUGCGCGCUGAGCUCGCCUCCUUCCUGCUGGACUACGUCUUCACCGAGCCCGCAGACCAGCUCAACGAGGAGGAUGAGGAUGAGCAGGCGAAGAUCACAGGGCUGCAGCGCCGCCGCAACCAGCUGGCCGGAUACUGCAAACUGGUCAUCUACGGUGUCCUGGAGCUGAGUGCUGCCUCGGACAUCUUCAAACACUACAGCAAGUUCUUCAGAGACUAUGGUGACAUCAUCAAGGAGACGCUCAGCAAAUCCAGGAUCAUCAGCCAGACAGAGAGCGCCAAGACUGUGUGCCUGAGCCUGCAGCAGCUCUUCUCUGAGUUCCCUCAGGGUGAGGGGGAGGUGCUGCAGUUUGGGGAGAUCCGGGAGCUCGCCCGGCGCCUGGCCAUGACCUUCGGCAUCGACCUGCAGCGAGUGCGCAAGGCCCUGCUGUGCCUACACGAGGAUGGGAUCAGCUUUGCUUUCCGGGAUGCGGGGGAGGGGGACGAACCGCCCCCAAACCUGCACUUCCUGGAGGUGCUCAGUGAGUUCAGCUUCAAACUGCUGAGACCGGACCGCACCCAGCUGUUGGGCUUCCUGAAGCGCAUGCACCCCACGCCCCCUCCAGCCUGGCCCUCCCUCACCAUGUACCGCCGCUCCCUGCAGGGAGGAGCCCGUGAGAAGGAGGAGGGGGCUGCGGACACCCCCCUCCCCAAACGCAGGAGGACGGUCACAGAGGGCUCCAGCUUGGCAGACAGGGCCUCGCUGGAUGGCAGCAGUCUGCCCAGCCAGCUGCCCACCCCCCCUCUCACCUCCACCCUGCUGCGGCGCAGGUCCGAGCCACAGCGGGACACGUCUGACCCCCGCUCUGAGGACGACUUCACCGACAGUCUGCUGAGUCGUCGGAAGGGCCGUCAAUCAACUCUACGACACACACCCAGCCCCUCCCCCACACACAGUGACCUGGACUCCCACCUCAACCUGCUUACACUGAUUGAAGAGGAUGAGGAAGAGGAGGAAGAGGGAGAAGAGCCAGAGAUCGAAGACUUUCAGAGUGAGGGUUCUGAUGAGGAGACGCGUGUGACUCUGCCCUCCACCCGGAACUCCACCAGCUACCUGGAGGGGCUGUUUGAAUGA